CAAUGACAAUCAAGAGCUCAAUCAACUCUCACUACUUUUUUUACAUCAUCUUCAUCCUUUAUCUUCAUCAUCUCCAUCAUUAUCAUCAUCUCACUGCCACUUUUAGUGUUAUUAUUAUGUGAUUCCCACUUUCCCACCCACUUUUGCCACCUUCGAACAAAUUUUCCUCCUCGAAAAAUCAACAAUUCUUGGUCUUUAGAACUUUUUUCCUCCUCAUCCAACAAAUCAACUUUCUAACAAUCAAUUAACAACUUUUCUCCUCUUUUGAUUUUCAACAAUUAACUUUAACAAUUAGUCUUUGAUUUGGUGAUUUUCAAUUGGCUUUCAAAGUUUAAGAUCAACAAUUAACUCAUAAUUAUAUAAAUCCUAUUUACCUUUACUAAAUCAAUUUCAGUUGAUUAUCAGUGAUUGUUUUUUGUUUGUGUUAUUGAUAAUUGUUGAUGAUUAAAUCAAUUUAAUUGCCACACAUGGAUUUGGAUCAGGAAGUGAUCAACAAGAAAACAAUUAAACCUUGUGAUGAUCAACAAACAGAUUGUUCAAGAUCUGAUUCUGAUGAUGGUGGACUCAGUGAAUCAGGUUCGAGGUGUCAAUCAAUUUCACCCUCUCAUGAAUCAUCAUCGAUAAAUAGAUCAGGUUAUCAUCAUAAUCAUCAUCAUCGUCCUCGAGUUUGCAAGAUGAGUCGAAGAUGUAAAUCAAUUACAAUGACAUCACCUUUAACUGACCAUCAUCAUCACCAUGGUGGUGGACAAUCUGGUGGUGGUAAACUUUCAUCUCACCUUCAUGAUGAUGAUAAUAAUCAUUCAGUUAAUGUUGAUAUUGAUGCGGAUGAUGAUGAACAUGGUGAUGAUCAUUAUCUGUCACCAAAUUUGCACCAUCAACACCAUUCUGCUGAUUUAUCAUCAGUUGAAUCAGCUUCAACUUCAGCAGCGGCAGCGGCAGCAGCCGUAGCAGCAGCGGUGGCAUCAACCACUUUAACCUCAUCUUCAUCUUCACUUUUCACCUCUCUCCAUGCAACUUGUCCUCCCCUGUUCAUGGCUCCAAACCUAUUCAAGCCCAUCUUAACUCCCACCGCCACGUUACAUGCUAAUUCCGGGUGUCCUUUGAAUCUUUCAAUGAGUGGAUCUCAAUUGGCUUCAAGUGGAAACGGAACUGGAAACCGAAACCGAAUUGAUAUUGACUCUAAUGGAGGAGAAAUGAAAGAGGAAAGUGGUAGAGGAAGACUGGGAGUUGAAGGGAGAAAGAGAAAAAGAUCUGAACAAGAUGAAGAUAAUGAUGAAGAGGAAGAUGAAGAUGAACAAGAGAAAUCAAAUAGUCCACUAAUCAGUUACACUUCUUCAAGCACCACCACCGAUCGUAAUAGCCACCAUCAUUAUAAUAAUCACCAUCAUCAUCAUCAUCACCAUCCACAAUCAAUCAACACUCAUCGUAAUCAUCACCAUCAUUCAAGUCGACAGCAUGAGUUAAAUCAAUUUACAACUUCUAACAACCAUUUAAAUCACCACCAAUUACACAACCAUCACUCUGACCAUGGGUCAAGAAGUUCAGAACCUGAUUCAAUUGUAUUGACACGAUCACCAACACCAAGUCCACUUCCGACUCAACAACAUGACGAGGAGGAGGAGGGAAAAAACUCUCAAAAUAAUAUAAAUGAUCGGGUCACUCGAGUUCCAACCGAGUCAACCAACGAAAUGACCACUAGUCGAGGUCUAACUUCAUCCUCAUCUUCAGCCGGAUCAACAUCAUCGGCCUCAAUUAAACGUCCAUCCCCUGGCUUAAUGUGUGUCGUUUGUGGUGACACUUCGAGUGGAAAACACUACGGAAUUUUGGCCUGUAACGGUUGUUCUGGAUUCUUCAAGCGAUCUGUCCGUCGAAAGUUAAUUUACAGGUGUCAAGCAGGAACUGGAAGUUGUAUCAUUGAUAAGCAACAUCGAAACCAAUGUCAAGCUUGCCGAUUGAAAAAAUGUAUCCAAAUGGGAAUGAACAAAGAUGCUGUUCAAAAUGAAAGGCAACCUCGAAACACGGCAACAAUUAGACCUGAGACUUUACUUAAUGACGGUGAAAGUGAACGGCUUUUAAGGGAAGGUGUUGCUGCGACAGUAAACGCUUUGUUCACAACAGUUAAUUCAGGUAUUCGAGGUUUGAAUUCCAGUUCUAACCAUGGAGCAAUCCAUGGAUUCCCAGUGACAAAUUCAUUUCAAAUUUCAUCAGAAUCAAGUCCAUCACUGAUGGUGGGAGGAGGAGGUGGUUCUAAUAAUACUACUGGUCGAGCUCGAAAUGGUUCAAAUGAGGCAAAAGAUGAAAAUGGAAAAGCACGUAAUUUAACAUCCAACUUGGAGUUAACUCGACACUUCGAAUACAAUUCAAGUGGUAAUCAUUUAGGUUCUUAUCAGGUAUCAGCUGUUGGACCAACAACUACACCGACAACAACAUCAGCAGCAACUUCAUCAUCGUCCUCAUCUUCAUCUUCCUCAAUAUUGUCAACCAAUGGCACUAAUUUGACAAAUACUUUGGCUCAUGCAUUUGUUUACCAACAACAACACCAACCGAUGCCAUCGGCAUUUUUAUUGGACACUUCAAGUUUACCUGGACUUUUACCUUGUCACCAAGAGUCAAUCUAUGAAACAUCAGCUCGAUUAUUGUUCAUGGCCGUUAAAUGGGCUAAAAAUUUACCUUCAUUUGGUAGUUUAACUUUUCGUGAUCAGGUUAUCCUUUUGGAGGAAUCUUGGUCAGAACUGUUUCUUUUAUGUGCCAUCCAAUGGUGUUUACCUUUGGACAAUUGUUCAAUGUUUUCCAUUUCAAAUAUUUCCUCAUCUUCAUCAACUCCACCCUCAUCAUCUUCAUCAUCUCAUUCACCAAAUAACCAUCAUCAUCAUCAUCAUCAAAAUCAUCAUCAUCAUCAGCAUAGUCAUUCAUCAAGCGAAACAAAUUGUUCAAAUAUCUCAUCAGGUGAUCGAACUGGUGAUCUUCGAGUUCUAAACGAUAUUUUCAAUAGAUUUAAAUCAAUCGCUGUUGAUCCAGGUGAAUUUGCUUGUCUAAAGGCAAUCUCUCUAUUCAAACCAGAGGCUCGAGGACUUAAAGAUGUAAUCAGAAUUGAAAACAUGCAAGAUCAAGCUCAGAUUAUGCUACUUCAACAUGAGAAAGCUCGUAAUCCAUCAAGUCCAACAAGAUUUGGUCGAUUACUUUUACUCUUGGUCUCUUUACGUUUCAUUGCUGCGGAAAAAAUUGGUGCCAUUUAUUUUCAACGAACCAUUGGUAAUACACCAAUGGAAAAGCUUUUAUGUGACAUGUUUAAAUGCUAAUUGUUUUUCUAAUUACUUAAUUGCUUCUUGGCCUGAUUUCCCUGUUAAAACAAUUAACUUUUACCUUCUAGUCAACAAACAACAAUUAAGUUCAAAAAUCAACCUGAAAACCCAAAGAAAAUCAUAAAAUUUCAAUCAAAUAUUAACCACUUUAUCAAUUACGAUAUUAAAUCAUUUGUCAAUUGUUUUAAUUGAAUUUGUGUUUAAUAAUUAAUUUCAAUUAAAAUUAGAAAAAAAUUAAAAAAAAUUAAUCCUGAAAGUUCAGUUUCUACAAAAGAGAUGGCGUAACAAUCGUUUUUAGGUUGUGGUGCCAUCUCUUGGUGAGAAAAUGAGAAAUUUAAUCAAAUAAGUUUUUCUUGACUUAAUUAUUAAUUUAAAGAGUUUUAAUUUUGCUUCCAAGUUAAUUGAUUAACUAAAAGGCAAUUAAGAAAAACUGGUUUAUUUAAAGGUCAUUAUUUAAUAUGAAACAGGCUAAUAAAUCAUAAAAUGUUACAUCAAAUGAUAAACAUUUAAAUGCAAUCACUUAAGUGACAAGAUUUUUUUUCCUCUCACAAUCAACUGAUUGUAGUGAUUUACUGUAAGCAUAUUUAAUGUCACUGAUUAGUUAACAGAUUGAAUAGUUGAUGAACUGGUUUUACUUUUUAAUGAGACAAUUAAUCAGCUUUUUUUUUGCUGAAUCUUUGAUUAUGAUGGUGAAUCAGAAAAAAAUGAGGAACAGGAAUCAAUUGAUUAACUUGAUUACUUUGAAUAAAUGUUUAUUAAUCAAAUUUUACCAACCGUUGAUUCAGUUAAUGAUUAAAUCAACACAAACAUUAAUCUAUUAAUAUCCAUAUUGAACACAAUCGU